ACUCGCCGCUCCUCCUUUUGCCUAGGCUCGCGACAUCGGGCGCUCAUCGCGACAGAUAGCGCUCGUCACCCCAUAGACCACAUCGACAUCGUCAAGCGGCUGUCGCAAGCGACAUCGACUCUCAUUCUCUUGUGACGCUCGCUCGGUCGUCCAUCUCACCAUCCUCACAGUCAUCCAGCACCAUGUUCGUCGCUUCGAAUCUCUACAGAUAUGCCACCGGCGGCCCCUCAUCCUCAUCACCGGCGGCGCAUGAGCCCGAUCCUCUGAACAGUCGCGUCAAGCGACAUCCGAAACGCAACAACUCACAACGAACAGCCAAUGGCCCUGGCACUCGUCCUAGGAAGGCCUCUAACUUAUCUCCUGCUGAUGUCGCCGCCGCGUCCCUCGAUCCUCCUCCUUCAUACGCAAGUGUCGCGUCUGGCUCCACCCAAGCUGAAAAGCAGCAAGCCAACGAAGCCAAGAUAGCGAUCAUUUCACAGCUUCUCCGCGAGGAGGAUCUCUACAAGCUUCUCGGCGUAAAGCGCAACGCCAAACAGGACGAGAUCCGUCGUGGCUUCCUCAAUAGAAGUCGAUCUUGCCAUCCGGACAAAUUUCCCAAUUAUGCCCCUGCGACUUCGGCCUUCCAGAAAGUCAGCUUCGCGUAUGAGACGCUGAGCAAGCCGAGCAGCAGGAGGAUGUACGAUGUCAGUGGGAGAACGGACUUUGCUGCUGCGAUGAACACCGGCAGCGAUAGCUCAGAGGGAGGCACUGCGGCCGGUGGUGGACUGGCAGGGGACGACACGCUCAACUCGGUUCUCUACUCGGUCUUUUGCGAGUUCAUGGAAGGGGACUUUGAGAUGAUCCGAGUUCUGGUCAAUGCGCUGAACGACAGCGGCAACUCCAGUAACAACUCUACCAGCCAGCUAGGAGAAGACGCAAUCGACAGCAUCGAAGCAGCGUUUACGCGGCUCCGCGAAAUCAUGCUGGCAGGGAAACGUUACCUAUCCAUCAUCCGCUUUGAACUCAUCAGGCUCUACGAGAUCCAGCAUUCGCUGAGGCAGCUGUCUUACUUCAAUAUCACGGGCAGGCUCAAGCUGACGCUGCAGCUCGCGAGGGUCACGAUCAAUAUCCCUUUGGCCAUUGAUACGGCUAUGAAGACGCCGAAUGCUAGGGAUGGAGCUGUACCGAGUAACGGACAGGGGAGCAACGGGACGCCACAGGAUUAUGAAGAAGACGAUAGCAGCAGUAGCGAUGAGGAGGAGGAAGAUGGUGCCACACGAUCCCGCCGUCAGAGAGGCCGGCCAGACCGUACCCGCGCGGCAGCCUCAUCAGACGACUUUGGCGUCGCCCCCGAAGAUGACGACGACGAAGCGGGGAGCGACAGCAACGAGUGGUCAGAAACGCGCGCAGAGGAGCAAGCCCGUCAACGUCGUAAAGCGAAGCGUGCUAGGCGUCGUGCUGCCAGGAGGGAGAGGAGGGCGAAGCUACGCAACGGCAGCAGCAGUGGGACGUCCCACGAGGAGGCUCAAAGUGGGGACGUACCGCAGAACGCUGCAUUGCAGAGGAGAGGCUUGCUGCCCAAUUCGGCCGUCGGGCUUCUCAAGGGCGUCGUGAGGGUGCUGGAGGCCAGUGAGGCUUGGGUGCCCGGUUCGACGUCGAACUCAGCGAGGGGCAGUGAUGACUGAGACUGCAGGGAUGGAGGUGAAAGAGCGGCAGACUAGUUACGGAGGAGCAUUGUUUCAACUUUCUUGAUACCCUUCUACGCCUUCCUUCGCCCACGAGCGACAGAGGCUCCUAUAUCCUUCAUAU